UUGCUAAGCGACGUGACAACAACAUGGCGGAGAGCAACAACCAGAGUGCAGAGACCAAACUGUCAGACGUCCACAAGAGGAUCAAAGCUGCUUUUGAGACGUUUGACAAUGCGGCUAACAACACAGUGGACGUAAGGGAGAUUGGCACCAUUAUCUACUCUCUGGGUUGUUUCCCCUCUCAGGCAGACCUACAUGACUUCAUAGCGGAGGUGGAAGAGGACCACUCAGGAUAUAUCCAUUUGGACAGGUUCCUCCCAGCCAUGACCAAAGUGCUGUUGGAGCACAAGUUUCCUCCCAUCCCCAAGGACCUUCUGCUUCAGGCCUUUGAGGUUCUGGACAAAGACAAUAAAGGAUACCUGGAGCCUGAGGAGUUGACAAAGUAUAUGACACAGGAAGGAGAGCCUUUCACUCAGGAGGAGAUGGAAGAGAUGCUGACAGGACUUGCUGACCAUGAGAGGAACGUUAUCUAUUACAAAGACGUAAUCAAUCAGCUGGCCAUUGACCCUGACAUGUAGGCAGUAACACAGAGUGUCAGCAGAACUGUGGAGAAAUAUUACAUACACAAUUUGUGUGUUUGGUGUUCAUAUCCAUAUGUUUUUGUAACAAACUAGUGUUUGUGCGAUGGUUUAAUAAAUACAUGUACAUUUUUGUCAA